AUAAAUAUACACAACACAGCCAUACUAGUUCCGAAAAGGAUACAAAUAUAAAAAUUAAAUACCAUUAUAAUCAAUUCCCCAUAUUAAGAGUGGAUUGUCCGAUUUAAAUCACGUUAUUAUGUACAGGUAGGAUUGGAUAGGUUGGCAUAUUUGACCGCACCUCCUGUUUUGUGGAGGGUCUCUCAGAUGGACCACUACAAAUCCUUGAGUCAGUCCUCCUCCUGCCAGCCCCAGACCUGCAGCCUCCUCGGGUCCUUUUCGACAGGCAACAGGUGGGUCAUAUCAAAGGUUUCUGUAUGGAGAUGUGCUUCUUGUUUUCUGAGCUACACACUUUAGUUUGUACUUGCGUAUAAAACUAGUGUGUACGUUGUUUAUCUCAACAUUUGAUCAAGGAUAACAUUUUUAUAUAGCCAAACAAACAAAAAUACAACUAAAAAGUGAGGAAAAUAUUUAAAAUAUUUGAAAAAUGACUUGCCUAUAUACCAAAUUAAGUAUAUCUUUCUUAUUUGCACAUUAUGUAUUAUUGUGGUUACAUUAUUUAAAGUUGUAUAGUUCAAGUAAAUUAAAUAGAUAGCCAGGAAAAAUAUUUGACAGAUGUUUGUGCAAUAACUUGCAACUUUUUUUGCAGGAAGCAAUUUAAUUGUCUUUAUAAUGUUUUUUUAAAUUCCGUCUUUCUUUUUCACCCAAUAAGCAUGAACCCAAGUGUUUGGAGCAAAAGUAUGUAUUCUUCCAGCAGCCCUUUCUUUGACGGCUACCCCGCGGAGCACGUGCCCUCUUUCCAACUGGACCCUGCGCUAUUAAAUUCAGAAGUUUCAGGUGUUUCUGUGUCCUUACACAAAGACAGCGAGGGCAGAACGAUGCCACCGGAGAAGGCUUAUUACAGCAGCGAUGAUGCUCGUUCAAGUUUGAUCUGUUCACGCCAGCUGGAUCUCAAUCCAUCAAGAGACAACACCACUGGACAUUCGCCUCCUGCAUCCAGUUCCUGUGGUUACCACGAGUGGAACUUAAACAGUGGCCAUCAAGCAAAGCGUGCCAGAGUAGAACAUAUCGUCAAAGGCAUGACCAGCUCCCAUGCUGUGCACCGCACAGACGGGAUGACGAGUCCGCACGAGGAGUCAGGUGGCAUGCUGGAAAAUGAAAGCGUUCAAGACCAGGAGCUCGUGGACAGGAGUGGAUCUGGCCGCCGGACGGCGAGGAAGCAGCUUGAGAGUCAGCAUCAGCACCUCAGACAGCUCAGAACGAGGUUAAACAUGCAUGUGGGUGGAGUAACGGACAUCCCAGACAGUCAAUAUCCCACCUGGAGCGAUUCUCCCGAAACAUCUCCAAGGGACGCAUUCACGGAUUCAUACAGCGAGUUCCAGAGCAGCCCGAGUCGAAAAUACCAAGGAUGGAAGAAGGUGAAGCUGAUGAACUACUUCCAGUCGAAGCCUGAGAGGAUAAAGCUGAUGGCAGAUGUUUUAAAGUACGAAUUGAGCAGAGCCGUCAGCAGGAGCGUCGACUCGGUUUUUAAAAGCGUGCCCCUCCUUCAGGCAUCUGCAAAUGACGAGGGGAACGCGUCUCCUCAGCCACCAGGUGCUGAAGAGGAGAAAGACAAACGUUCCUGUUGUGGGAACGCAGAGACGCGAGGAGUCCCAGGAGUUCAAACCGAAGCUCUGUCCCUGGUGGUACAAAAGCCCCGACUGGAAAGAGACGACCAGUUCAUCCUCCAUCGCCCCGAUCCUCCGGUCCCCUUCAGCCACGACUCGGCUCUGCGCGGAGGUCCAGAUCACAGCACUGAACAUGCCCUCAGGAGCCCGCGGCGUGACGGCUCUGAAGAUGGCCGAGCAAAGUUUGAGAAGCACGGCACGCAUUGGAAUUCGGUCAAAGUGAGAUCGAAGGUCAACUCCAGAUCUGUCAGAAGCCCCCAGACUCACGCUGCGUCGGUGGGGAACGUGCUGUUGGAAAGCUCGUCUCUGCCUCGAGUCAAGAUGGAGUCGGAAGGCCUGAGGAAGAAUAACCUGUACAUGCUGAAUGAAGGUCUGACCACGAAUCAUCUGAAGAAAGCAAAGCACAUGUUCUUCUACAGCCGCUACCCGAGCUCUCUGGUCCUGAAGAUGUGUUUCUAUGAUGUGCAGUUCACGCGCUGCAUCACCUCCCAGCUGAUCAAGUGGUUCAGUAACUUCAGGGAGUUCUACUACAUCCAGAUGGAGAAGUUCGCCCGGCACGCUCUCACGGCGGUGGCCGACGCAAGGAGUCUGACUGUGGGGAGAGAAUCAGACCUUUUCAGGGCUCUCAACGUGCACUACAACAAAACCAACGACUUCCAGGUCCCCGACAGAUUCGUGGAGGUCGCCGAGCUUACACUGAGAGAAUUUUACGUUGCCAUUUCGAUGGGAAAAGAUCGUGAUCCGUCGUGGAAGAAAGCGAUCUACAAAGUGAUCUGUAAACUGGACAGUGACGUGCCAGCUGAAUUCAAAAGUCAUCCCUCAGGAUGAGACCCGACCAGACGACAUCAUGUGCCACAGUGGUCACGGUCACAAUGUGGACUUACUCGUGCCUCGAGUAGCAAACUAUUUGGUUUCCAAUGAAGCACAGGACAUCUUGUACACUAGAAUAGUGACGGGCACGCCUGCACAUAUCCAAUCUCAACACAUAUGGCAGACCGAUGUCCGAGUUUAUCAAAUGCUUUACUGGCUUGUUGCAGCAUGAGGUCGUUUGACAUUCGUGUUUUUCAAUAUCACCCGUUAUAUAGAGCAAUAACAGUUUGUAUUGUACCGAUUGUGAAACUAUUUAAUCUGUGAUUAUCUUCAAGUGCAACACGUUUUCUGAUUUUUGAGAAGCAUUCUUCUUUAUUUUGCACAAAGAAAACAAAUAAAAGGUCCACACAACAGCAGGAGAAGAAAAACAUAUUUAAUAUUCAGCAGAGCUGAUUAUAUGUAUGUACAGGAUAACAUGAACAUGACAAGUAUUUAGUAUUAUGACAGUAAAUGACGUCUCUCAUCCGCUCCUGGAAAACUGUUGUUAAAAUAGCUCUUCCAUACUCACCAUGACGAUCCAUUCGUCCUUUCUAAAUCAAACGUCUUCUCCGGUGGAUGUGUGUUGGGUCAUAAUUGAGGAUCCUUGUUUCGUCUUCAGUAACUCCCGUAACAGCGUUUGUAAUCCAUAUAGAAACUCUCAUGAGUGAAAAUUCUGGAGGAUUUGCUUUCAAAGUGCAACGUUUGUAAAUGUAAAAUGUAUCUUAACUGAAUACAGCUGCUUACAUAUUAACCAUGAUCAUUUGGUUUUCUUUGACCGAUAUGAAGUGUGCACAAAGGCAUUUGAAAACUCAUCAGCGUUACACUGUCAUGAGUAAUGAAUGAGUCUCAAUAUUAAUUAUUGAGCGUCGCAGUCGGAGCAGAUAUUUCAUAUAAAACAUCAGCAACCAGCUCGUUUUAAAGUUUAACCGACUUCAAAAAUAAAAGCAAUUCAAUUGCAUCGUUCAUUCUCACUUCACUAGAUGUUAUUGUUAAUUGUGAGCUUUGAUAAUGUGCAUUAGUGGUGCUCACAUAGUCGUGGUCAGCUGAAUUGUUUUACAGGUAACAUAUGUAUAUCUUGUCUUUAAAUGUAUACACGUGUUAAAACAAUGGCAACAAACUGAACUCAAGUGAGACGUACAAAUAAAAUACUAUGAGAAUCCACUGUGGGCUGAAUUUGUCAUUGAGGAAACCAGACGUUUACCACUUGAACCCCAAAGUUCUUGCUUUACUCAGUUGUAAAACCUUAAGCUUUUAAAGAUAAAUACAAAAUCAUGAAAAAUAAAUUGUACUUAAGUUUAAAAACAAAGCGAGGGGUUUUCAGUCGCGAAAUCAUGCACUCGCAUCACACUUGAUCUUCUGACACACUCAAGCCUACAAGUCUGUGCAAUUACCCCACAGUAUGUAUUGUUCAAUGAUUUAAAUAAAUACAAAAUCUAGAGAAUGGCAAAUGUACCAUUAUGAGACUGGGAGGAAACAGACAGGUGUAAAACUGGCUUAUUUGCACUGAAAUUUGCAACGAUGUAGGAAAUUGUUGGAAUUCACUAAACCAACCAUUUAUUCUUCCCUCUGUUCUCCUAAUGUCGCGAUACAUAGAGAUCAACCGGAUAACAGCCGGUGUAAACAUGUCACAGGGGAUGUAAAUAGUUAUUCAGAAGCCAAACCGAUUCAGUUUGAGCACAUUCUGCUUCUUCCGAAAGCAAAGACUUUUCGGUCAUCGUGUUCCUCAAGAAAGACUCCCCAGGUUGGUGAUUUUGUGAAAGUUUUAUUGUGUUUUUUUCCAAGUAUUCACAGAUCAAAAAAAACAUUGCGACAGGUAAACAGUACAGAAAGCACGACGAGUAAAAAACAGCAAGAAUCGGGUCUGAAGACAGAAUACAUGACCAGAAGAAGCACAGAGUUAUAAACUACAAAUCCAUCUGCGUGCCGGUUUAAAAAUGAGAAGAAGAAAAAAAACUAUACUGCAUCCUCAAUAAAAUAACUAUGAAUUUGAUAAGCAUCGGUGAUAUGGACGAGU